AUGAUAAAGUCCGAUAACCUCCACGAUGUGCUAAACACCGACAUCAAAACACCAAUCCCAGGGUCGACAGUUUCUAAGAUCAUCUCUUUGCCUCCAUUCAUUACUAUCUCUGGAGUCUCGAAUUUUCGAGACUUAAGCUAUGAGAACAACAUACGUCCUGGCUAUGUCUACCGGUCUGCGAACUUGUCGGACAUUACAGAAGAAGGAAAGGUGAUGAUCGCUGCCGACCUAGGCAUAACAACGAUUUUCGACCUACGUAAUGAAGGCGAGAGAGCCAAGGCUCCGCCUCCACAUAUUGAAGGAGUUGACACGAUCUGGAUGCCCUACGGCACCAGGCCAGCCUCGCUGAAUCUGCGCGACUUUGCUGGGGAGGACAAAGGUAGCAGUGGGUUUGUCAAGAUGUACACGGGUAUACUCGAGGCAUCUGUACCGGCGUUCACCCAAGUGUUUCAACAUAUCAGGGAUCAACCUGAUGAUCCGUUUGUGUUCCAUUGUUCCGCCGGCAAAGACCGCACGGGCGUUCUGGCGGCACUUAUUCUCCUCCUCAUGGGUCGGCCCGAAGACGAAAUCAUCAAGGAUUAUAUUCUCACGCGGGCGGGAUUGGAAAAUGUGCGAGAGAAUCUGACGCAGGCUUUGGCUCUUGAUGAAGGCACCGACCACCUGAGCCCCGAAGCGAUCGGCAUGUUAGAGCUGAGUGGUGUUCGGGCACAAGCCAUGGCGGCCUUCCUUCAGACCUUCCGCUCCACAUACGGCAGUGGCGCCGAGGGAUAUCUGACCACAAAGCUUGGCUUUUCCCAUGAUGAUACCAAGCUCAUGUACAAGAACUUGGCAGCGUGA